AGGCUAUGGGCUAGGGAGGGGCGGAGUCCAGCCAGGUGAGGGAGGAGCCUUGGGCUGCAGUUAGCGCAAGGGGCGUGGUCACGCAGAGGCCCCACGGCUCAGAACUGGGGCGGAGCUCCUGGCCAGCCAGUUAGCAUGAGGAGGCGUGGCCACACGGAGGACUUCGGGGACGAGUUAGACCAGGUGUGGGACUCGCGGCGGGGACCAACAGGGCUUAGAGGGCCACGUAAGGGUCUGGAUCACCAGGAACGAAUCAGGUGCAGAAACCAGCGAGUCCUCACGUAAGGAAGAGGCUUCCAGAUACUUCGGGGCCCAGGACUCAGACGGGGGCGGAGCUUCGUGGCGCAUGCGGCGUCGGAGUGAGGCCGGUGCUGGCCAACAUGGAGGCGAAUGUGUUCCGGUUUCGAGAUGCCCGCGCCGCUCCGGAUCCGGUGCUGGAGGCCGAGCCGGUAGCCUUUGGCUCGCAGCCGGUGCCGCUGGUGCUGGACAACGGAUCAUUCCAGGCUCGCGCCGGGUGGGCGUGCCCCGGGCCGGACCCGGGCCCUGAGCCGCGCCUGCAGUUCCGCGCCGUGUGCGCUCGCGGCCGUGGCGGAGCGCGAGGCGGGUCGGGGCCGCAGGUGGGCAACGCGCUGGGCAGCCUGGAGCCGCUGCGUUGGAUGCUGCGCUCCCCCUUCGACCGCAACGUGCCGGUCAACCUGGAGCUGCAGGAACUGCUGCUGGACUACAGCUUCCAGCACUUGGGCGUCUCCUCGCAGGGCUGUGUUGAUCAUCCCAUAGUUUUGACAGAGGCUGUGUGCAACCCUCUCUAUUCCCGCCAAAUGAUGUCGGAGCUCCUUUUUGAAUGCUAUAGGAUCCCCAAAGUUGCCUAUGGGAUAGACAGCCUCUUCAGCUUCUACCACAACAUGCCCAAGAACGCCCUUUCCAGCGGCCUCAUCAUUUCAUCUGGCUACCAGUGUACACACAUUUUACCCAUCUUAGAAGGAAGGCUAGAUGCCAAAAACUGCAAACGCAUCAAUCUUGGAGGAAGUCAGGCGGCUGGCUACCUGCAGCGGCUUCUGCAGCUCAAGUAUCCGGGGCACCUGGCAGCCAUCACCCUCAGCCGCAUGGAGGAGAUCCUACAGGAGCACAGCUACAUUGCCGAGGACUACGGGGCAGAAUUGCAGAAGUGGCGGUGUCCUGAUUACUAUGAGAACAAUGUCCACAAGAUGCAGCUCCCAUUCUCUAACAAGCUCCUGGGCAGCACACUGACGGCUGAGGAGAAGCAGGAGCGGCGGCAGCAGCAGCUUCGACGGCUCCAAGAGCUCAAUGCCCGGCGGCGGGAGGAGAAGCUGCAGCUGGAUCAGGAGCGGCUGGAGCGGCUGCUGUAUGUGCAGGAGCUCCUAGAGGAUGGCCAGAUGGACCAGUUUCACAAAGCCCUGAUAGAGCUGAACAUGGACUCCCCAGAAGAACUGCAGUCCUACAUCCAGAAGCUCACCUUGGCUGUGGAGCUGGCCAAGCAGAAAAUCCUUCAAGCGGAAGCCAACCUUGAGGUGGAUGUGGUCGACAGCAAGCCAGAGACCCCUGACCUGGAACAACUGGAGCCCUCCCUGGAGGAUGUGGAGAGUAUAAAUGAUUUCGAGCCCUUGUUCUCAGAGGAAGCACCCGAAGUGGAGAAGCCAGCCACCACAGUCCAGCCCGUGUUUAACUUGGCAGCGUAUCAUCAGCUGUUUGUUGGGACAGAAAGGAUUCGUGCCCCGGAGAUUAUUUUCCAGCCGUCUCUCAUAGGAGAGGAGCAGGCGGGGAUUGCAGAGACCCUUCAUUACGUCCUGGACAGGUACCCAAAGGCGGUUCAGGAUACCCUGGUCCAGAACGUGUUCCUCACUGGUGGGAACGUGAUGUAUCCGGGCAUGAAGGCCAGAGUGGAGAAGGAGCUGCUGGAGAUGAGGCCCUUUCAGUCAACCUUCCAGGUUCAGCUCGCCUCAAACCCUGUGCUGGAUGCCUGGUAUGGUGCUCGUGACUGGGCCUUGGAUCACCUAGAAGACAGUGGAGCCUGGGUCACCAGGAAGGACUAUGAAGAGAAGGGUGGCGAGUACCUCAAGGAGCAUUGUGCCUCCAACACCUAUGUCCCCAUCCGCCUGCCCAAGCAGGCCUCACGUGCCUCAGAGACCCAGACUUCCGGGAGAGGCUCCGGGGCCAGUGGAAGUGGAGCUGGCGAGCAGGCCUAGCAGAGGGACUGCUCCACCCGUGACAUAGACAGUGUUUGGGACGAGGACGGAGCCCCACCUCGAGGCCCGGCUCCACCAGCUUUGUUUGGCUACUGACUAGAUUUCUCCUGGGAAAACAGCAGAGGACAGCAGGUGAUCUGCCUCAGUGGAGGACAGAGUGGCCUCUGGCAUGGAGAACCACGGGAGAGCUAUGACGCUGCUUUCCUCACAGUGAGAGAAGCCGGGUGGAGACUAGAAGUGGACAGGCAAGAGGUGUUUCUCUUUGCACUUGGAAGCCUUUGUUGUUUUCUAAAAACGCUCUGACGUUGUCGUGUAGUGUUUAUUCUUCUGCAUGUGUCUCGGUCCUGUGGCUGCCUGGAAGGUGUUCAGGCGGUGGCGGUGAAGUUGUGGAAGAGGCCAUCCACUGAGUCUCAGGAGCAGAAAGAGCCCAUCCCACCUCACCCCGUUCUCUGCCUGGUGUGUUCUCUGCCUGGUGUGUUCUCUGCCUGGUGUGUGUCCUGAAGGAACAGUGGUGCUUGUGCCCAGCCUUUUAACUGUUUCUCUUGCUGGGAACUUUCCCACACUGAGGCCUUGCCAGAAAUUUAUUUUUUCUUCUGUGUUGUGGGUUUGUUGGUGCCAUGCCCUCUGCAUGCCACUCUGAGGGACUGAUGGAGGAGGGCUCAUCCCAAGGACUUUCCAUUGUACCGAGUGCCACCUCCCCAUUCCUCUACAGUAUCGUCUUGAACAGCGGGCACCACCUUCCCCCUUUUGUUGCGUAGAACUCAGGCUCUCACUCAGGUGGGUUUCACACUCGGUCUUCCUGCCUCAGCCUUCCUGGGAUGCACCACACACUCUACUAAACACCCUUUUUUAUGGGUUCUUGGCAGGAGUUUUCACUCGCAGACACACCCAAGAACUGAGUGGGGCAGCCCCAGGUAGAGCUGCUGACGGCAGUGCGGAAUCUGAAUGUCUAGAUCCAGGGAAGCUCAGCACGCUUCUGCAAUGUAUUCACCACACAAUCUGUUUGCUCAUUUCCCCUGAAUCUGUAUCGCCCGUUCCUAGGGGCUGAGAAACUGAGGACCAGAAGGGGCGGUGUGGGGCAGGCAGGGGGGUUAGAAGACCCUGGCUGCCAACCAGUUCCUAAGGCAUUUCCUGUUAAGUCUUCGGCUGUACCUGGUGGGCCAUGGGCUGAUGGGCUGGCAGGAAGAGUCUGGACCAACCUUCACAGCACCAUCCAGGGCAAGAGACGGAGCUAAGCAGUGGCCAUCUCAGUCAUCUUCUUCAGUCUGCAAUUUAAACAACCUGAGAAGCAGGCGUAGGGUCACGAGACUGCUUGGAGGUCAGACAGGUGGUGAAGGGUCCUGGACAGGUGGACCUGUCCCAUGACGCAGUGAAACCCAGGAAGCUGGAUUGCCCAUGUUUUAGGUAGUCAUGGACACAGACAGGAGGAGGAGAUCAGGAGCUGAGGGAAGGGAUGGGUCAAGGGGCUAAGCCUGGAGCUCUCCAUGCCUGUGAAGCAUAACCUUUUGAACUUCAUAUGGCCCUUAGGGAAUCCUGCCCGGUCCCAGAGCUAGCCAGGAGUUUGCUACCUGUGAUUUCCUAAACCUUUCUUCAUACGAGUGUUCACUAUGUACUAUGGGCUUUAAGCCCUAGCUGGACCCUUCUAAGCAGUGGCGUUUCCCCAUAUCUCAUGUAGUGCACAGGGUGUUAGGACCUUGGCCUUCAGAGCUUCGAAAGAAGAAGCGUCUUGCUCUGUUCCUUCUCCCCUUGAUAAUCCGUCACAGCAGCUUUGGAAACAAGUACAGGAGACCAAGUGGGAAGUAGUUAAGCCAUGUAAGAAGAUGUAACAGAGCAAGACGCUUUUGUCAUCCUGACUGUCCUAGGUACCCUGUAAAAGUAGCGCGGAUCAUGUGGUGCUUAUCUUGUAAGAGUCCUGUUUCACCCAGCAUGAUGCUGUAAUGCCCUUGGGUUUGUGAUGUCACAGGUGACAAGGCAUCCUGAACAGCCGUUGUCUGUCUGUAGUCUCUCUUUUUUUUUUUUUUUUUUUUUUUUUUUUGGACUGGUCUGUCAGUCAUUGGCUGUCCUAGAACUCCCUAUGUAGACCUGACUGGCUGGCCUAAAGCUUGUGACAGUCCUGCCUCUACUUCCAGGAUGCUGGGAUUGUAGACGUGUGGUGACACCUGGUGGCUUUCUGAGGAGACACAGUGACACAGGUGCAACUGUGUAGGCUCUCAGAGCUGAUUUUGGAAAAGAACCAAAUUAUUUGUAAAGGCAUAGUGUACUCUGAAACCAAGAUGGUGCUGACUCAGACCCCAGGGACUCUCGGGAGCUCCUACCACAUUCACCACCCACCCGUCUCUUGUUUUGUGGGGUCUUGAUACCUAGCCCAGACUGACUUCAGACCCUAGUCCCUCUCAUCCCAGCCUCAGUGCUGGACUUUGCGGUGGCGGCACCACCAUGCACAACUUGGAAAAGGACUAAAUUUGAAAAACCUUCCCCAGGAGCGCUGGGUGAGGAGCCCAAGAGCACAGGUGUAUCCUGGGACAGGGAGUGUUUUGGCAUCGAGGUGACAGAUUCUUCAAGGAGAAUUUCAAGUAGGUGUGGUAGCUCGAGCUUGUAAUCCCAGUACUUGGGAGAUGGAGGCCCAGGAAGGUAAGAAUUCAAGGACAGCCUCAGCUAUAUGGGAGAGUAAGAGGCUAGACAAGACCCUGUCAGGAGGAAGACAGAAGUCAAAACAGGAUUCUGAACAGUUAAGUUGCUGCUCUCCAUCUGCAGUCUUCGCUCCCAGCCUGUCCUUUGUGCUCUGUGCUUCCUGUGGGAGUCUUGCUUGUGGCCUUCCGAAAACAGAGCCUACUGAUUAGCAGGGGAGAGAUGUUCCCCUUCUCCCAGCUUGGAAAAGCUUCCGAGAGCAUGUUGAAGCUGGUUCCAAGAGCCUGUUGUGAUGAAGCCGUAAGUGGAGAUGGCUCGAAAUCCAACUUUGCCCUUAGCUCCAGGGUGAGCUCUUGUGUGGAAAGAUGUGAUUCUCAUCUUUGUUUUAGUCUGUUUGAACUGCUAUGUGAAAAAAAAUUCCAUAUAAGCCAUCCAGGUUUCUGUGCCAACCAUGUUCCGGUUGUUGUUUUUAAAGAGCUUUGGGGCUGAGGCUGUAUAUGUUUCAGUAGAAUGAUGCCUAGCAUGUGCAAAGCCCUGGAUCUGAUCACCAGUGGCGUGGUUUCAUAAUCCCAGCACUUGGGAGGAGGAGGCAGGAGAGUCAUUCAUGAUACAUAGCUUGAGGCCAGCCUGAGACUCCCUCUCCAUAAAAGGAAAGCACCCACUUAGAUCAUCACUGGCUUGGCGACCCUGGUAAUAACCUCCCUGUGUGUACCUCUGCUUUUAGAAAUGAAGGUGUAUGUGACUGCA